CCACACAGAUAUCCCGCUCAUUGUUCUCCUCACCAAUAAGCUCAUGCUUUCGCCUUACCUCUGGGAACACUAUAUCAACAUUCUAUUCUCAUAUUUGUGAAAACUACCAGCAAACCUAACGCCCUAGCCUGUCAUUGCAUUGUGCAUAACCAUUGCGGUCCUAAAGGCGACGCUCGAUUUCACGGAGUCUGUCCAAGCCGCAAUCUUCACUGCGCCAUAAAUUGUUAACUGGCUUGCAAUGGUCGUCCACUUCCAGCGCAGGGGUAAACCGGAUGCGCGGUAUAGCCUGCGCGGUAAUCCUCCCAGAGCAGCCAUUAUACUCCAUCGAACCGCCAGGCAGCGUGCUAAAGACACCGCUGCCGCGCGCAUAGCUUGUAGCUGGCCAAUAACCCGAGUCAACAAGACGAGCAGAGGUCUUGAUAACCGUGGGAACGACUGUUUCCGGAAUAGUGCACUGCAGGCGUUGAUGCAUGGGCCGAGAUUCUUGAACUGGAUCCUUUCGCACAAUUCCAGGCUGAAAGAUGGCACACGCCAAUUUCGUUGCCAGAAACCCCUUGCAACGCAAAGCCGCAUUGAGCGUGCAGCGAUGUCCAAGGACUAUGUUCCUGUCCGGGGGGCUAAAUCGUUGAGUAACUGCCCUGCCUGCGCGAUGAAGAACUUAGUUGAGGUCUACUGGGGCAAACAUCAAAUGGAAUCCGAUGAUGAGCCUAGAUCUCUUAACUCGCGUACUCCACCGUUUCUUCCACUGAUUCAGGUCGACGCAUUAUUGUCGCGAUUUACGCCCCAAGCGGGAAUGGAUGGACAGCAGCAAGAUCCGGAAGAGUUCCAAUCGCGCUUCCUUCAGGCGUGUUUGGAAUCUGUUGACUAUGAUUUACCACAAAACCUGGACUGGAGACGCCAAUUUGAUGCGCUGUUCGAUAUUGACAUCAACCUCGCUUUGAGAUGUCAGUGUGGAGCUCCAAGACCGCCUGCACCGCAUGCUGCGAGCGACGAGGGUGGUAUGGACGGCCUGCGCGGCCUCGACGUUCUUCCAAGCGGACAGACGGACUCUGUAAAAGCAUCUCUGCGACGCAAAUUUACACCAGAAAACAUCGGUGCCUUGAAAUGCGCAACGUGCAAUCAUCGACGUCAGGUGAUAAAGACCCUCAAAAUCGAAGCGGCGCCGGAGCUUCUCCGCCUUAAGCUGAGCGUCGUGAACAGCGAUGGGUCACCAAAUCACAAUGUCAUCAGUAUUAACAAACAUCUCGACCUGACCGAGCACCUAAUGCCGCAGCCAGGACAUGUCGCGCCGCUGAAAUAUCGUCUUAGCAGUGUACUGUAUCACGGUGGCGGGAGUAACAGCGGAGGCCACUGGCACGCGUCGGUGCAUGGACCAAAGUAUGCGUACGAAGUGAAUGAUGAUCAGGUUGUGAAGCUCACUCCGAAAAAGCUGUCGUGGGAAAACUCACAUCAACAGAUGCGGGCUGUUGUUUUGAUGUACUGUCGAGUACAUCAGAAAGCGCCUUGACGCGUCGAUAAUGCUGAGCUUUUACCGGCAUCGUGGGUGACAUAACUGUGUCUGACAUAACUGUAUCUGUAGCGUUGUCAUUGGUCUUUUGAUUUUUGUUCGCAAGAGCAUCGGUGUAGUUGUAGUUCGCAAGCUGUUAUCAAAUUAUACCUACUUUCUG